ACACUCCAUAAAAACAAACACCCAAAAAAACCCAAAGAAAUUUAAUUACACAAAGGAAAAGGGUACGCCGGCGGCCAUUAAUGGAGGUCGCUAAGGUGCUUCGCAUGAACCCUGGGAUUGAAGAAACCAGCUACGCUAUGAACUCCUUGCUUCAGCAAAAGGUGAUACGGAUGACCAAGCCGAUCACCGAGGAGGCGAUUAGGAAAUUACUCUACACCACCACCUCGACCGUCCCCGCAAAGCUAGCCAUAGCGGAUUUGGGCUGCUCAUCCGGGCCCAACUCCCUCCUCGUGGUGUCCGAUCUCAUCAAGACCGUGGGCCGAUUAUGCGACGAGCAGGCCCACUGCCAGUACCCUGAAUUCCAGGUGUUUUUGAACGACCUCCCGGGGAACGACUUCAACACCAUCUUCAGGUCCGUACAGAGCUUCCAGAAAAAGCUGAAUUCCGAGUACUCCAUGUUCAUCAAUGGAGUUCCUGGCACGUUCUACGGCCGGCUAUUUCCGACCAACAGCCUUCACUUCGUCCACUCGUCGUACAGCGUCCAUUGGCUGUCCCGGCUCCCUCGAGGGCUGGAGGAGAACAAGGGCAACAUUUACAUGGCUAGGAGCAGCCCUGAAGGCGUCCUGGAGGCGUAUUACGGGCAGUUUCGGAGCGAUUUUGGGUCGUUCUUGAAGUGUCGAGCUGUGGAAUUGGUGGAGGGAGGGAGGAUGGUUCUGACGUUCAUUGGGAAGAGAAGUGGAGAGCGUUUGAGUGAAGAGUAUUGCUAUACCUGGGAGUUGAUGUCUACGGCGCUCAACCAAAUGGCCUCUCAGGGAAUGAUAGAUCAAGAGAAGUUGGAUAGCUUCAACAUCCCAUUAUACACGCCGUCGCCGGCAGAGGUGGCAGCGGAAGUGAAAAAACAGGGAUCCUUUGCCAUCGACCGCCUGGAGGUUUCCGAAGUCAGUUGGGAUGCCUGCAGUGACGACGAACUGAUGAUCAGCGGCACCGGUGUAGGACACGCGAGAAACGGCGUCGUCGGAUACAACGUGGCGAAGUUCAUUAGGGCGGUGGCGGAGCCGCUGCUGGUCAGCCACUUCAAUGCCGGCGGGGAAGUCAUCGACGAGGUUUUCAGGAGGUACGCUGCCGUCGUGUCGGAGCGGAUGGCCAACGAGAAGACCAGAUAUGUUAACGUCACUGCCUCGCUCACUAAGACGGCGGUGAGCCCACUAGCUCAUGUUUAAAUGUUCGUCGGCCCAAAAGAACUUUUGUUUUUUGUUCGUCGUAUGGCCCAAUAUGACUCCACUGGCCCAUUAUGAAGGCUCUUUUUGUAUUUCAAAUCUUAUGUGUUGCAAGAUUUUCCUUUUUUGACGGGAUUAUGUCUUGCAAGAUAGGAGCACGUAUUUAUUGUUAUUCUCAAAGCCAGCCAUGCAAAAUAAAAUAUAGCACUUUAGCUAGUAAUUAAAGUUAGGUUGAUUGUCGUUAAACUUGCCACAUUUUACGGUUAUUUAUUAUCUUCAAGGCUUAAGCUACCAAACCAUGAUUUGCAAAAUUUGGACUCAUACAAUGUUUCGCAGCCAGAAGGCUAUAAUAAAUUUCAAGAUUAGUAUUCAUCAAAAAAAUAAAUUUCAAGAUUAGUGUUAGCCACCAUUGAAGAUCUUAAUAAGAUCAAGAAGAAGAGGGCCGCCAAUUUUUUCGCAAUUAAGGUCUCCAAGACCAGAAGGUUAUAUUUCAUGUGAUAACCUUAUUUAUUGAGCCCAUAGUUCAAUUAGACUUUCAAUUUAGGCUCUGGAGACAAAAAGUCCAUGUUUCAGGCAAUUCUCCAAAGCUACAAAUUUUGUAGGGUCGUUCCUUUGUCGAUCUUCUGACUUUGUCACUAUAAAUGAUCAUCAAACAAUUACUUCAUAAUAGUAUUUAGAAGCGGAGGGAUCGAGGUAGAGAGGAGUGGGGUGCUAGGACUUCAAUUGGAAAAUAAGAAAGAUAAAUAUGUGUUAGUACUUAUUGAAUAUGAGUAUGUUAGAAACAUAUCAUCAAAAUUAAAAUAUAUGCAAAUAAAUAACACCAUCGAUAAGAUAAAAUUUAAAAUCGUUAUUCUAACUCUUAAGUUUAAAACAUUUCUUGUUCUACUAGAUAUACAGAAAAAAUCUUCUGGCUAUAAGUAGCUAGAAAGAAUUUUUAAACAUAGAAUUUUGGUAUAUUAAUAUACAUAGUUUUGGUCAUAAAUUCCAUUUUAUAAUUUGACUGCAUGUGUUAGUCUAUUUGCUUGUGUGACUAAUGCGUAUUUUAGCUAAUUAUCAGAAUGCCACUUUUCAACUAUGAUUAAGAUGAGAAGUAAUUUUUUUUUAUGAAUGAUGAAUCUAUUAUUAAUGAGAAAGAGAAAUGGGAAAGAUACACAAUCACGAGGAAAGAACAUGUUGAGCAAGCACUUAUCGUGAGUCAUGACAUGGCCGUCUGCCCAUCUCGACUAUUAGGUAUGAUUUUGUUAUUCGUCAUUUUAAUAGAACUGGCCACUUUGUGGCAAAAUAAGUCUUUUUAUCUAUAAUUUCACAUUAAACCGAUUAAUGCAUUUGGUUACGUGAAUCUGUUCUUUGUAUUUUUUCCUACCUUUUUACGUACGUCUGUGAUUAAAAAAAGCGACUCCACUAAACUUUAAUUCGGGCUAAGUAGUGAUAAUAUCCAAGAACAUAUCGUGCCAAUUAACCUCAUACAUUUGUGCGCGGUUAAUCCUCUUAACACGCCAUUAAUGAAGAGUCGGUACGUACUUCGAUGCUGCCCGUGCAUGCGUUGCUGUAAGUUUUUCAGCUACAUACGUUUGUUAGUACACAUGUAAGCUUAAUCCCUCUUACUUAAUUUUAAAGUAUGAUUAAGUACACAUGUAAGCUUAAUUUGGGUAAAGUGAUUAAUUAGAAAGAUAAAAAAAGAAGCAAUUUGUAAGGCUGUGCUGUUUCUACGUGUAUCCAUGUGCAUGCAGUACGUACGUACUUGCCAUACCCAACAAUGGAAAGCUUAAGCCUCUACUGCUUCUAUCCAGUAGCUAGAUCGAUGGACCACUUACCCUAAUUCGUCCCAUCACUCGUCGUUCGUUUCCAAGUCUCUUUCCCCCCGACUUUACAACCCCCACUUAUAGUGAAAUGGCAGAUGCCAUUUAUAGUGAAAAUGAAAUGGGAGGUGAACA